AUGGCCACGCCCACAAAGCCCUCCAUCCUCACGCCACCCUCCGAGCCAACGCCCAUUGAGCGCGUCGAAGCCUGGACCGUCUCGCAGGCCGCAGACGUCUUGAGCGCGACCUCCAUCUCUUCUCCCACGCCCGCCCCUGCUGUGCGAGGAGCUUCCGUCCGACUGGACAUCCCGCUCGACGAGGCCGCGUUGAACGACGACCGCCCCCGCUCCAAGCCGGAAGCUGUUCAUGUCGUGCACAAACGGCGCGAGCCAGUGCGUAGGGACAGCUUGAAGCGUCGGGAAGCUUUGCUCAAGGGCAAAGAAGGCAGUCGGCAGCGCAGGCGAUGGGAGAACGAUCGCUUGGUCGGCAAUCCCUAUGCGCAGCCCCCGUUGCCUGAAGAUUGGGAGGUGAGACCCAUGAACCAGCGGCAGAGCGUGCCCUAUUUCCUCGCUCCGUUGUGGGAUGCCGAAUAUGCGCGUCUGAAUCAGCAGCGGGAACUGCGCAAGGCCAAGGUCAACGCGCCGACGAACAAGGAAGAGGAGGCCGCGGCGCAAGUCAAGCGGGAGUUGCGGGCGAAGCUUAAGAGGUCUCGCGGCGCGAAGGCGCUGUUGCAGGACUUGGAGCAGGAAGUCAGGGGGUUCGUGGAGCAGUGGGAGGAGAAGCAGAGGCAAUUGGAGGCUGAAGGCGUCAUUGAGCCGGAUAGUGAGGAUGAGGAGAUUGUCUUUGUCGGACGCAACGGGGCGAUGAGUGAUGAGAUGCGGGCGAAGAGGGAGAGUGAAGGCUUGGAAAGGGACAAGGUGGUGUUUGAGAGUCUUGUCCACGAUCACGGUGCUUCGUUUGGACGCUUCCUCGUGCACGCCAUUGCGCAAUACUACGAUCUGGCGACAUGGUCGGUCACCACACGCGAUGCGCCUCCUAAGCGACAGGCUCAAGAUGAUCGCGGCGCGGAACAGGUGGCCCACCCCCUUGUCGACGUCAAACGAAGCGUCGAGUUCCUCGUUCCUUUGGCCCAUGAUGAGUGGGAGAAGAUGCGGUCUCAAGAAGACAAGGCCCUCCGCAACAAGCCAACUGACGAGCUGAUCAAUGCCGUGUCAGCUAUUGCAAAGAACAUUGCCGGAGCCAGCGCGCUCCACGACAAAUGGUGGACGUCGCCGGAGAAGCGUUGGCAGCGGGAUUUGCUUGUCGCCACUGGGGAUGAGACGAAGUUGAGCAAGCUGUAUGCGAUUCGUAAGGAGACGACUGAUAUGAUCGAGGAGAUGGAGGCGAAGGUGGGACUGUUUGCGAAGUGGUGCCUCGGGUUGGAUGGCGGGUUUGAGCAGUUGAAAAAUAGGACGGGCAAUGACGAAAGUCUCAAGAACAGGGCUGCCGAUGCUGCCAACAAGCAAAAGACCGAGAAAGGCAAGGCAAACGACGCAGAGAGAGCUCGUAAGCCUGAAGAGAGCGAUGCGGACAAAGAAGGCAGCGCCCAUGAGGUGGAGAGUGGAGAAGGCAUGGCGGCCUUUUGGGAGGAACUGAAAGCGAAGAGAGUCGAGGCCAACGCCAAGGUCAAAUCGGCGCAGAUAGCAGCAGGGAUCGCCAGGUCGAAGGAGAUUCGAGCGGCAAAGGUUGCACAGAAGGAGGCAGAGAAGCAGGCUCGAGUGGAGCAGGCCAAAGCAGACGAGCGGGCCAGGUUGGCUAGAGUGGCAAGACGGGAGGCACAAGAGACUACCACUGACGGGGAGUCCUCGACUGCUGAUCUGGGCGAUCUCUGGGACUCGGCGAAGAGUGGCAGAGAGAAGAAAGACUCCAAGGUGGAGAGGAAGGCCAGAGCACAUAGGAGAAAGCAUGAGGAGGCAGAUCUGAAGAUUGUGAGGGCCAAAGCUGAGCAGGGAGCGAAAAGGUUGAUGAAAAAGCAGGAGAAGGCAGAGCUGAGGGAGAAGGAGAGGGCUGAGAUGAAGAGGUUGGAGGGAAGACUCUCGGAUAUGGAGGUCAGCCGUGAUGCUGCGAUCGAGGAUGAUGAAGAGGCGUAG